CCUUCAGGUUCACUUAAACCUGCAAAAAGAUGACCAAUCUCCUGAGAAGUGUUGCCACCAUAAUUGAUGCUUUCUACAAAUACACCAAGCAGGAUGGGGAAUGUGGCACACUGAGCAAGGAUGAGCUGAAGGAACUUCUGCAGAAAGAGUUUCGUCCAAUUCUGAAGAACCCAGAUGAUCCAGACACAGUGGAUGUCAUCAUGCAUAUACUGGACCGAGAUCAUGACCGAAGACUGGACUUUACUGAGUUUCUUCUGAUGGUAUUCAAACUGGCUAUGGCCUGCAACAAGGUUCUCAGCAAAGAAUACUGCAAAGCUUCAGGGUCUAAGAAGCACAGGCAUAGUCGCCAACACCAGGAGGAAGAAAGUGAAACGGAAGGCGAAGAAGAGGACACAUCAGGACAAAACUCAGGUUACAGAUAUUCAAGUUGGAGUGAGGGAGAGGAGCAUGGUUAUAGUUCUGAGGGCUCUAGGGGAACUCCAAAACACAGACACGGGUCUGGCUCCAGAAGGCUGAGAAGGCAAGGUGGUUUAUCUAGCUCAGAGAACCAAAAGAGAUCUGGAAAAAGGCGUCAUGGGUCCAGCUCUGGUUACUCAUGGAGUAAUGGCAAAGAAAGACAUGGUUCCAGCUCUGAAGAACUGGAGGGAAAAAGAAACAAGUCACAUGUUAGUCCCUCUAGGGUAUCUGGGUAUGAAUACAAUUCUGGAUCAAAGAGUGGUGGAGGGAGAGGUCAUGGUGGUCUGUCAUAUGAAUAUGAAUCAAACUCUACUCAGUCAACUUAUGCAAGACAAAAACAUGGGUCUAGCUCUAAAUGUUCAGGAGAUGGUGGGAGGGAAAGUCAUGCAUGUGGUUCCAGCAAUUCAGGUGGGUGUGGAAGACAAAAAAACACUUCUAGUUCUUGUCAGGCAGGUAGAUUUGGAGAGCAAGGAAACCAAUCUAGCUAUACUCAAUCAGGUUAUCAAUCAGGAAGUAGUGGAGAAGAUCAUAGAUGUAUCUCAGGAGGUUGGGCCUCUGGAUAUGGUCAACAUGAGCCUAGCUCCUGUAGCCAGUCUACUAGGCAGAAAGGAUAUGGAUCUAGAACAUGUGGUCAACCACAGAAUUGUGGAGGACAACAGGGAACAGGUUCAUGUCAGUCCUCUUGUUGUGGACAAUAUGGGUCAGGAGUAAGUCAGUCUUCUACUUAUGGUCAACAUGGAUCUGGUUCCUGUGGAUACUCUUCAAACUCUCAUCAAAAGAGGUGUGGUUCAAAUGAAACUUCUAAAUGUGGUCCACAUAGAUCCAGCUCAGGUAAAUCUUCUGGCUUUGGCCAACAUGAGUCAGGCUCAGGUCAGUACUCUGGCUUUGGACAUUGUGGGUGUGGCUCAGGUCAGUCCUCUGGCUUUGGACACCAGAAGUCUAUAUCAGGACAGUCUACCUGUGGCCAACAUGGAUCUGGUUCAGGUCAAUCCUCGGGCUUUGGCCAACCUGGUUCAAGCUCUGGUCAGUCUUCUGGCUUUGAACACCAUGAGCGUAGAUCACAGCAGUCUGGCUAUGGCCAUCAUGAAUUGGGCUCAGGACAAUCAUCUGGCUUUGGCCAACAUGGAUCAACUUCAAAUCAGUCUUCUGGCUUUGGACAACAUAGAUCAGGCUCAUGUCAGUCUUCAGGCUUUGGACAUCAUGAGACUGGCUCAGAUCAGUCCUCUAGUGAUAGUGAAAGGCAUUCAGAAGUCCCACAGAGACACUCAAGAUACGCUCAUGGGCAGGCUGGAUCUCAACAUGCAGAGUCAGGAACCACAGUGAGAGGGAGACACGGAACUGCUCAUGGGCAGUCAGGAGACACCACCAGAUAUGGGCACUCCAGUCAGGGAGAAUCUACAUGGUCAAGGUCCAGUCAGGCGGGAAGAUGGGGAUCCAGUCACAGUGAGGCUAGGGACAGUGAAAGGCAUGCAGGAGUCUCAGAGAGACACUCAGGAUCCACUCAUGGGCAGGCUGGAUCUCAACAUAGAGAGUCAGGAGCCACAGUGAGAGGGACACAUGGAACUGCUCGUGGGCAGUCAGGAGAUACCACUAGACAUGGCCACUCCAGUCAGGGACAAUCUACAUGGUCAGGGUCCAGUCAGGAAGGAAGAUGGGGAUCCAAUCACAGUGAGGCUAGUGACAGUGAAAGGCAUUCAGAAGUCUCACAGGGACACUCAGGAUCCACUCAUGGGCAGGCUGGAUCUCAACAUGGAGAGUCAGGAGCCACAGUGAGAGGGAGACAUGGAACUGCUCAUGAGCAGUCAGGAGACACCUCCAGACAUGGCCACUCCAGUCAGGGACCAUCUACACGGUCAGGGUCCAGUCAGGAAGGAAGAUGGGGAUCCAAUCACAGUGAGCCUAGCGACAGUGAAAGGCAUGCAGGAGUCUCAGAGAGACACUCAGGAUCCACUCAUGGGCAGGCUGGAUCUCAACAUGGAGAGUCAGGAACCACAGUGAGAGGGACACACGGAACUGCUCAUGGGCAGUCAGGAGACACCUCCAGAUAUGGCCACUCCAGUCAGGGAGAAUCUACACGGUCAAGGUCCAGUCAGGCGGGAAGAUGGGGAUCCAGUCACAGUGAGGCUAGCAACAGUGAAAGGCAUUCAGAAGUCUCACAGAGCCACUCAGGAUCCACUCAUGGGCAGGCUGGAUCUCAACAUGGAGAGUCAGGAGCCACAGUGAGAGGGAAACAUGGAACUGCUCAUGGGCAGUCAGGAGACACCUCCAGAUAUGGCCACUCCAGUCAGGGACAAUCUACACAGUCAGGGUCCAGUCAGGAAGGGAGACGGGGAUCCAGUCACAGUGAGGCUAGCAAGAGUGAAAGGCAUUCAGAAGUCUCACAGAGCCACUCAGGAUCCACUCAUGCGCAGGCUGGAUCUCAACAUGGAGAGUCAGGAGCCACAGUGAGAGGGACACACGGAACUGCUCAUGGGCAGUCAGGAGACACCACCAGAUAUGGCCACUCCAGUCAGGAACAAUCUACACGGUCAGGGUCCAGUCAGGUGGGAAGACAGGGAUCCAGUCACAGUGAGGCUAGGGACAGUGAAAGGCAUGCAGGAGUCUCAGAGAGACACACAGGAUCCACUCAUGGGCAGGCCGGAUCUCAACAUGGAGAAUCAGGAGCCACAGUGAGAGGGAGACAUGGAACUGCUCAUGGGCAGUCAGGAAACACCACCGGACAUGUGCACUCUGGUCAUGGACAAUCCACAUGGUCAAACAGACAGUCAAGUCACACUCAUGCCCAUUUUGGUAAAAGUCAUUCUACCUCACAGAUCCAUGGCAGACAAAGACGUAGAUCAGAUCAAGCCUGGAGACAUGGCAGUUAUGGGAGUGCCGAAUAUGACUAUGGGCAGUCUGGUUAUGGACCUUCUGGUGGUAGCAGAACAAGCAGUCAUAAUUCUAGUCCUUUUAGGUCAACAGACCAAGCUGCAACCAAGUGAGCAUCUAGUCAUGGACAAUCAGUUUCUAGUUUUGACUACAUGGGAUCAAAAGCAACUGAAAAAAUAGGAAGACAAUAUUCAAGUCCUGGACAAUCAGAAAUAAGUGAUGGGCAGUCAAUUUAUUCCCAUAAUCAUUCUGGAUUUUGCACAACUGGAGGACAGGGAUCUAGUCAUAGACAUUCAGUAGCAACUCAGGCACAGGCAAGAGACAUCCAUGUUCAGUCUGUAAGGUUGGGGUCUACUCAUAGCAGUCAGCUUAGUAACCACUCUGCCUCUGACCAUGGAAAACCCUUAUCAGCCCACAGCCAUUCAGAUUCUAGUUCAACCAGAAGUCAAAGAUCCCAUAGUGAUAGUAAGGGGUAUUGGGGGGAAAAGAUUCAUAAACAAUCAGAAUUGAGGCAUAGACAAUCAGAGAUCAAUACAAUAGACAUAUGUGAAUCCAACCAGCAGCACUUAGGAGAAUCAUCUUCUCAUGAGCUGGUAAGAUCCAGCACAAAUUUAGCAACACAGGGAUCAAGUGAUGCACAAUCAGGACAUAACCAGGGUCAGUCUGGAUUCAGCACCAAUGAAAGACAAGUAUAUAUUCAUGGCCAGUCAAGGGACAGCUAUGGGCAGUCAAGUGGCAGUCACUCACUUGAUAGCCAAGCCCCUUUGGGAACUGAAGAAAAUAGUUUUAGGUAUUUAUCAAGCAGUGUAACCACAUGGAGUGGGGAAAGGCAGAAGCAAGAAUCUGGAUCAAGUCCGUCAGGGACCAUGAGAAAAUACAAUCAGGAUGUUGUUGAUGAUAAGCAGACAGGAGACUCUGAGGUCAGAGGUUACCAUGGAAAAGAGAGAACAGAUUCAGGUUCCUUUUACUUAGAUAGCAACACCCCCACUCUAUGAAUAUAUCAAAGAACAAAGGUGCUAUUACUUUGAAUAAUAAUUUGAAACCAAAGGAAGACAAACUAACUCAAGAACUAAUCCAAAGGAGAAAUGAGACAUACAACAUGGAAUUAAGAUAUUUAACAUGAUCCUUUUUUUGGUAGUGGGGGUAUAUAUCUGAUUUUCUAUUUAACUGUGGUACUGUAUUCUAUUUCUUUUGUUUGGUACAAGGCUUUUUUGUAAGGCUCCAUAAUCAUUGAGCUCUUAGAAAAUAGUGGAUGGAAGAAGUAAAUUGCACUUGGGACAUAUUUAGAACUAUAUGACAAAGUGAUUGGAUGCUCUGGAAUAAAGUGAGCAUUUAAAAAUAAUUUUAUAUAUUCCAGGUUGAUUUAAUUGAUUGUUAAUAAACCUAUCCAAGAAGCUAAGAGACAUGGGUCUAGGAGCCAAAAUUUCUCUAAUAACAUUGUAACAUAUUCUGUGUUCUAAACAACAAAAAAAAAAUGUAGUAGUUUAAGAUUUAGAAUAUUUUCAUCUUUUGUACCACCACUGGAACACUCUACUGCUGUUUUUUAAUUUAUUGUCAUGACCACCUGGCUACAGGAUCCAGAAAAUUGUAUUGCAUAAAAAUUGACAAUAAACGUUUCAUCAAGUUACAUUUUGUCUUCUCUUUCAUCCUCACAAAAACAAAUACAGCCUUCUGCUAUGGGGUCAGAUGCAUAUUUUUCUUUUCUACCUUUGGACACCUAGAUGACAGGAAAAUAUCUGGAUACUAUUCAAAGUCCAAAGACGG